CUCAGCGUUGCAGCCUUGCUGAAUAAAGUUUGACAGAUCAGUGUUAACGAGCGGUUGAUCCUUUGAUCCGAAAAUAGACCAGAAAACGGACUGCCUGAAAAUGAUGCUGAGUCCGGAUCAGCCCGACCCCGAUCUGCCUUGGGGGCAGCCCGACACAGAGACUCUGAUGAACGGCAUCAAGAUGGAGUGCGCCCCCCUGUUAGCGGAGCCCGCAGAGAGCGAGGGUAAGGCGCGCUCUCUGUCGGUGCCUUCGCUCAGCAGGGAAGAGAAGAGGAGACGGCGGCGCGCCACAGCCAAGUACCGGUCCGCGCACGCCACGAGGGAGCGCAUCCGCGUGGAAGCCUUCAACGUUGCUUUCGCAGAGCUGAGGAAACUUCUCCCCACACUUCCACCUGACAAGAAGCUGUCAAAGAUCGAGAUCCUCCGGCUUGCGAUCUGCUACAUCUCGUACCUCAACCAUGUGCUGGAUGCGUAGGAUACACGUCAGGAAUGGGCAUAUCAGUGAGAGCUGACUUACCAUGGAGGCUGGAAAAGGCGAACAGCAUUAUGUCCAUAGUGGUUCCACAUUAUAUGUCCUGGGUGAGACUUAAAUGAGUCGCCCAUAGAUGCGGUGCUUCUGAUUCACCUUAAACCAAAUUUGCAGUGACUGGAAAUGCAAUAAUGUUGGAACGUUCUACUCCAAAAAGACCUAGUAGCCUACAAUUGAAAGCUAGUGCUAUAGCCUAUAAUAGC